CAGCUGAUUCGGCGGAACUCCGGACAAACUGACAGGUGUUGUCAAGUUUGGAGUUUACUGCAUUUAUCUAUUUUUUUCAGCAACUUUCACUGAAACCUGCACCUUCGAAGGACAAUGGAACCUCAGGAUAUCUACUAUAACAGGGCGGAGUACGUUGAGACGGCCUCAGGCAAUAAAGUUAGCAGACAAACUGUUCUCUGUGGCUCUCAGAAUAUCGUUCUGCAUGGAAAAGUCAUCGUCCAGUCUGAUGCCAUCAUCAGAGGGGAUUUGGCGAAUGUUAGGACGGGACGAUACUGUAUUAUCAGUAAAAAUGUGGUCAUCAGGCCGCCCUUCAAGAAGUUCAGUAAAGGAGUUGCGUUCUUUCCCCUCCAAAUGGGUGACCACGUCUUCGUCGGGGAGAGAGCAGUAGUGAAUGCAGCUGUUGUCGGAUCUUACGUGUACAUUGGGAAAAACGCAGUAAUUGGGAGACGAUGCAUCCUGAAGGACUGCUGUUACGUCGCAGACGGCGCUGUUGUCCCCCCAGAGACGAUAGUUCCUCCAUUUACGAGAUUUGCUGGUAAUCCAGCAACACCUGUUGAAGAUUUACCCGAAUGCACACUCGAGUUGAUGGUUGAUUUCACGAAAAAUUACUACCAACAUUUCCUCCCUGCAACCCCCUAGUCUUCAUUAACAAAGUAUUAGAAUUAAGACGCCUUUGGUACAAAUAGAAGCUGCCGCUGUGCGGACAAAUCUUUGGACCAUCAAUUCUGAACGAAAAAAUAAAAGGAGAUUUUCAACACUUGCCUGGAAAAUUCAUUCAUUUUCUACAAACAGAAUAGUCGGAAGAGAGAGAGAAUUGAAAAGUACAAACAAUUUUUAUAAAUGCUCAAAAGUAUGAGGUGGUCGACAGACGUGGAAGCCGUCAUUUUGAUUAUACGACGCAACGGGUUUUAAAAAUGGCGGCGCCUCAUCUCGUACUUUCAAAUAAUUAUUAAAAUUAUUUAUCCUCUUCAACUCACUCUCAACUAGUUUCAUCCUAGUUCUAGAAAAUGAACAAUUUUUUAAAGUGAUUUAGCAGAUAUUUUACCAUUUUUCGCGGAGAAUUCAUGACGCAUCGUUUUUUUCGCAUUGCAGUAGUUUUUUUUUGCUGAGGCCUCGUAACAGUAAUUUUUGUACCAACCAUAAAUUAUUAUUUAAUUCACUUUUGUGAACUUGAAUUUAUUGUGAGAAAGGAGAAUUUUUUAUGAACCAGA